CUGGAGAAAUAGGAAGCAAAAGGAGAACUUUCCUUCCUCUAAAGAAAGCCGAGGUGGAAGGUGAAGCGAGGCGCCGACAUCUUUGAAGCAACCUGCGAAGAAUUAGAAGAUAUAUCAUGAAUAAUUGAUCCUCGUCCUUCUAGCAUGGACUCUUAUUGGUUUUCUGGAUUGACUGGUGCAGACAUAAUCUGUGAAUACUCUUCUCCGAGAGAUCUUGCAUACUCUAAAUGGACAUUAGAUACCGAAAAAUUAGCUCUCGGCAACUCACCUAACUCCCCUCUUUCCAGCCAGCUUGAAUGCAUCAGUUUGUCUCUGCUAAGCAAUAGUCAGGAGCAGAAUAGCUCAACAGAAACUACCUCAGCGGUGAGCCCAUCUGAAUACUCUGCGUUGGACACUGACAACGCAGUCAAGCAGUCCCAAGUUGACAUUCCGGAGGGUGUCCAGGUACCAUCGGAUUCACUUUAUGCAGUUUCCAGGCAGAGCAUGAGACACGCUCUACAUGAGAUUGAGACUGUGCUCAUGGCACCAGACACGGAUGAACCGACAACCAGCACAAGUGCAGAGAUGACUGAGAAUAAGCAACCUCCGCUCACAAGGCAACGGUCCAGGACAUGGACCCAUGCGACCCAAUUGGAAUCUGCUGAUCGGAUACAUCCCCACUACCUCUCCGGUAGAUGUUUGAAUCCAGAGGUCCGUCCAGAGAAACGUCAGAGAGAAAUGAGCUAUCCACCAUGUGACAAUGUGAAACAGCUUUUGAUCAAGUGUGCUGAAGCUCUAUCGGAGAAUAAGAUAGAGGAAUUUAAAUUGUUAGCUGAAGAAGCCCGAAGUGUUGUUUCCAUUAGCGGAGAACCAAUCCAGCGUCUUGGGGCUUAUAUGCUUGAAGGCUUGGUGGCAAGGCAUGAGUCUUCGGGCACCAACAUCUAUCAUGCCCUGAGGUGCCGUGAGCCGGAGGGCAGUGAGCUCCUUUCUUACAUGAGGAUCUUGUAUGAUAUCUGCCCCUACUUCAAAUUCGGGUAUAUGGCAGCAAAUGGAGCAAUAGCCGAUGCGCUAAGGAACGAGGACAGUAUCCACAUUAUUGACUUCCAGAUUGCUCAAGGGACCCAAUGGAUCACUCUGAUACAAGCAUUAGCUGCAAGACCCGGAGGUCCGCCACAUGUGCGGAUCACAGGGAUUGACGAUCCAGUGGCGGAGUAUGCUCGAGGAGGUGGCCUGGAUAUGGUUGGGAAGUUGUUGUCGGACAUGUCCAACAAGUUCAACAUUCCGCUCGAGUUCAAAGGUUUGCCUGUGUAUGGGCCUGAGGUCACGAGAGAGAUGUUGGACAUAAGGCCUGGGGAAGCACUCGCCGUCAACUUCACUCUCCAGCUCCACCACACGCCCGACGAGAGCGUCGAUGUGAACAAUCCUCGCGAUGGGCUGCUAAGGCUGGUGAAGGGUUUAUCCCCCAAAGUGACAACCUUGGUGGAGCAGGAGUCCAACACCAACACGACGCCGUUCUUGACCAGAUUUGUGGAGACGCUAGAUUAUUACUCCGCAAUGUUCGAGUCGAUCGAUGUGACAUUGCCUAGGGAUAGCAAGGAGAGGAUAAACGUGGAGCAGCACUGUCUGGCCAAGGACAUAGUCAACAUCAUCGCCUGUGAAGGGAAGGACAGGAUCGAGAGGCAUGAGCUGCUGGGUAAGUGGAGAUCCAGGCUGAGCAUGGCAGGUUUCAAGCCCUACCCACUCAGUCCGUAUGUGAACUCGGUGAUAAAGACACUGUUGGGUUAUUACUCUGAUAAAUAUGCGUUGGUGGAGAAAGACGGCACGUUGCUGCUGGGUUGGAAGAAUAGGAACCUCAUCUCAGCUUCUGCUUGGCACUGAUCACAACCCAUUAGAAAGAGAGACCCUCUUAGAAGCACAGGUAAAGAUCGUUGUAGGGUUUGUAGGACAUCCAGUUAAAGUGCAUCUUCUAUCUGAUGCAGAAUUCAGCUGUGCUGCAUCCAUUGCUGUAAUCUGAGCAUUCUGUAACAUCGUACCAGCUUGUAUUUAGCCGGGGAAUUUAAAGUGGCAUGUCGAAUUUCUAUUAGAAUCGUUUGUUUCCUUC